AGCAGCAAAGAUGAUAACCGUAAAGCGUAGUUUUACGUGUGACCGUCACGUGCCACAGCAGCAGGUCGCAUGCAGUCCGUCUUUCUGUGGUUUUCCAACAUGUGGACAGGAGAUGCUGAUUUACAAUAAUAUGGAUGUUGAGGAGCAGCCCUUACAUCUAACAGGCCACCAUAGUGACAUCAGUGCCAUGACUUUUGGUAAAGCAAACACACCAGUCCUUCUCUGUUCUGCUUCUUCUGAUUAUAUCAUCGUCUGGGAUAUUGAAUUGUGCCGCAAGAGGACAAGAGAAGGGAAAGUUGCAGGUGGAACAGUUAUUGGAACUUUGCUGGGGGAAGUAGUCCAUCUUUCAUUCUCUUAUUCUGAUGAUAGAGUGGUUGCAUGUGCUGGAGCUACUGCCUACAUACUUAACUCAAAGAAGCAGGAGGUGUUGUCAGCCUUAACUGGCCACCUGGGACCAUUAACAUCAGCUGAGUUUUGUCCCUGGAGCAGUGAUGUUCUUGUCACCACAUCAGAGGACCGCACUUUUAAGGUGUGGGAUUUAAAAAAUGAAUCAGUUUAUUAUCAGUCAUUUGUACUGUCAGCUGCUCCACUGUACUCUUUGUUGUUUUUGGAGGAAAACCGACAUGUUGUUGUUGGCUCAAUGGAUGGUCAGGUAUGGUGCUUUUCUCUUCCCGAUGACUACAAGUGUCAGCUGGUAACCAAAACUGAUCUUCAGAGAACUGAAAAAAGAUAUAACACCCAACAAUCAGAUGCUGCAAAACAAUCAGCUGCAAAUGAAGUGGAGACUUCAAAACCUGUUCUCAAAAUGGCUUUAUGUGAUGCAUUUACUGACACCAGAAAUGACCAGAAUAAGGACAACAGCUGGCUGUGUAUUGGGAGCUCAGAUGGCCUGUACAUACUCGACCUGGCUACCUCCGAACUCCUAACAGUGCUUUAUUUUAAAGAUUAUCCCAAAAUGAACAUCACAAUGGCUGGAUCGUGGUCUGUCUCUACAGGCUACAAUAAAUCGAUGGUGUUUUUUGUGAGCUCUUUGUUUACUCCAUGUGUGGUCCUGUUGGAGUUUAGUCCAGAUGACCUGACGAGGAUCUGGGCUGGAGGCAAAGGUUUCUCAGUAUUUCCAAGUUCACCUCCACUGCUUGAUUCUCCCCUGAAUGCUGAGUUAAAGAAGAGGGAAAGCAGCCAUGCUAAAAAGAGAGGAGGUAUAAAGGAGCAACCUCUGGUCUUCAAUUCAAAAGUGGUGUCAUCUGGAUACAGCCGGGCCCCAAGAAGGGUUAUGUUUUCUCCAAAAACAAAUGUUCAGAAAUGUGCAUCAUCUACAAAGGCUGUCAAAACCAAGUGUUCAGUCCUCAGAGACUAUCCAGCUGAAAGUUCAGCACCAAGUAUUCCAAACAUUCAGGUUAGCACCUCCAGCAAACCCGUCUACUGUCUUCAGUUUUCAGGUGAUGGGAAACAACUCCUGUGUGGUCUUGGCGACUCCUCAGUGUUAUUAUAUAAGUCCUCCCUAACCGGCAAACCAACUGUCUACACAGGGCAUGACAAGCCGGUGAGCAGUGUGAGCUGGAGUCUCAAUAGACAGUACUGGCUCAGUGCAUCAGAGGAUCAGACACUACGACUCUGGAACCUCCAGAGCCAAGAGCCUGCUAUUAUCAUGGAUGACAGCAUGUUCUCCAAACCCAUCAGAUGUGCUCAAUUCUACUACGUUGACAAGUUUUUGCUUCUUGCCUCUGGACCGUCCCUACAUUUGUACCUGUAUAAUGUGGAUGGGAAUCGCGAUGAUAUCAAAAGGUAUCAGCAGCGUAGUAUUGUCAGAUUGGCAAACUGCUUUACUACCACAUCAGCAACAGACAUCACCGCCCUGUCUUCCAUCAAUGAUUUCUUUUCUUACAUUCUCCUGGCCUGUGGUUCAGAUCGGUCCAUUCAAGUGUUUGACAUGAACAGAGGAUCAGUUGCUUCAAAGCUGCCUGAUGCCCACAGCAGAGCAAUCCACUAUGUUACACAGAACAAGGGCUCCAUGUUCAGCACACAAACACCUGAUUCGUACAACCUCUUCCUCACCAGCGCAGUCACAGAUGGUGUAAAGAUGUGGGACCUGCGUACACUUAGGUGUGUUCGCCGUUAUGAAAACCACCUAAAUCGUUGCCAUCCUUGCUCUUCAGCCUUCUCACCAUGUGGCCGGUUCAUUGCUACAGGCUCUGAGGAUAACUGUGCCUAUGUGUAUGACAUCCGUAACAGCAGCUACCUCCACAAACUUCAGAAACACUCAGCAGCAGUUCUCCGUGUGGCGUUCAACCCUUCCUCUCCAGAGCUGCUGACUGGGACCCUGGAUGGGAAGCUGAGAUUGUUCGGGUCCAACAGUGGGGCCUGUCUGUCUCAUGACACCAGUGCUGCUGUGUAUAACGUCCCCGACAUGACUGCGUAAUUACAGCAGGCUGCUGCAAAGACCAUGCAGGUUUCAUUAAAGCAGCUCCAACCCCCUGGCAAGGAUUUCACUUGGAAAAGAAGAAGUUAUGACUUUUCUUUUGUUGUUGGAUAAAUUGUGAUCAGAUUUUUUUUUUUUUUAAUGUUAUUUCUCUUGCAUAUUUUUCUGCUUUCAUGCUUUGUUUGUAAAAAGGAACUUGUCUCAGUCAUCUUUGUGGGAUGUUGUAUACUGGUCAUGCUGUCAACUAUUGGAGUGAUUUUUUGACUGAGAUUCAAAAUAAUAUCAAUGGUGAUGAAAUAUCCUCUCCGAGUUAAUUUAAAGGCAUUAUUGUCAUGCAGAAUACAUGCGGUAAUUAUUGCAAAUUUUGCCAAAGCACUUUUAACAACAAACAACAUACAUAUGUGCACAUUUCCUGAUAGUCCAAGAUCAUAUUUAGUUUUUUUUUUUUUUUUUUCAGAAUGUGAAACAGAUGUAGAUCUAUAGGUCUGGCUGCGACCACUGUUUAGCAGCUCAACACAAAGGACUAUGACAUCAACUGGGUGAAACCUCUGCAGCUGCCAGACACACAGAUGCUACUACUGUUCAUACUGACACACCCAUCUGCAUUGUUUGAGUGGUACAUUUAUUUUUCUCUUGUUUCGGUCACUGGAGUGUAAUAAAAUGAGCUACUCAACAAAGCA